AUGUUUGAAUUUUACCUUCCCUGUAGCUUUGCUGACUGUGCUGGGCUCCCUGAUGGGAGAGGAAUUCGGGACUUUGCUCCCGUCUCAGAGCCCGAGGUCUGCCGCAGCGAUCGCUCUUCGGUGCCGCCUCCGCGAGCUGUGGGUUGGUUCGAAGGACAAAGCUGUAACGGCGGCGGCUGCCCGGGCACAGCCCCGACCGCCGGUACCCGGGUAGGAGCCGCCGCGGGGAUUUCAAGGCAUUCGCAGCUUCCUCCUGCCAGCGCAAAUCCGAUCCAUUACGCGAUGUCACGCCGUGGGUCUGCUUUGAGCAGCGGGACCCCCCUCCCAUCCCUUCUCUGGUCGGUACUGCCCUUGGCCCUGCAGGCGGGGUGUGCGGUUCGGGGUUGGGGGCACGUGGACGUGAGAUGGUAUUGGGACAUUAUUUGUCCUAAAAUGAAUUCCCACCUCCCUCUCGCUGUCCCAAAUCCCAGGGGCUCCCAGCAGCCCGCACCCCCGGGAGAGCCCCUUCCAGCGCCGAGCCGGGGAGGGGGGAGGAUGAAACCGGUCGAGUUACAGAGCCCUGACCCCUACCUCCGCUCCAGCGUCUCCCGACGAUGUCACCUCUGCUCCUGCCGAGGCCCGGCUGAUGACCCACAACCGGAGAGGCAUGAAAUCGGCUGCCGAGAGUGCAGGGACGGGCGGUCGGGGGCUCGGCUCUUCCUGCGCUUCCCCCCUCACCGCACCGCAGCGGGGCAGCCCGGGGGAGGCACGGGAGGGCCGGGGCUGCCGCUGUCCUGCGAAAUCCCCCACCCGUCCUCGAGGCUCACGUGUAGCUCAUAA